AUGGUGAAUGUCAGAAUACUAGUGGCUCUAGCUCCAAUCUCUAGUUGGUACAUCUUUCAAAUGGAUGUCCAUAAUGCCUUUCUACAGGGAGAUCUUGUUGAGGAUGUCUACAUGCAGAUUCCAGAUGGUUUUUUAAGCCAGGGAGAGUACAAGAAAGUUGUAAACAAUAAGGCAGAUGUUGAUGAUCAACAACUUGAGGAUAAAGGUGGUUAUCAGAGGAUUCAAUCUCAUUUGGUAGCAGCCAUGAGAGUGGUCAGAUACAUCAAGAAUGCACCUGGACUUGGACUCUUCAUGCCAGCUGCCAGCACUUUGAAGCUAACAGCCUACUGUGAUUCAGACUGGGGAACUUGUGUUGAGACACGGAAAUCAGUUACUGGCUAUUUAGUAAAAUUUGGUGAUGCCUUAAUCUCGUGA